AGAUCUACACACGUGUGGCAACAAACCGCAGCUUUUUACCAAAACACACCGGGAAACGUUAUCACAUACACACCGAGGAGGGUGGACAGAACCCGGGUCUGAAUCUGCGCUGUGAGACGGAGAGUUCCCGCCGCCAUGGGUCCGCCUCGGUCAAAGAAGCGUCGGCCGACCUUCCGCCGUCUGCUGAAGACGAGCGGCGUGAAGCUCGAGAACAAACUGAAGAACCGUCAGCUGAAGCAGCAGAACAUCGCCAAGAAGCAGCGUAAAGAACAGAAGAAGCUGAGACAGGCAGUGAAGGAUGCCGCCAUCAGGACGCCUCGCCCACUGGAGACGUACAGGAAGAGACCAGAGGAAGAGGAGGAUGAGGAGGAGUUUCUGGAGACUCUGCCCACAGACAUGAUGGAGGAUGACGACCUGCAGCAGAUGACCACCAUGGCUCGACAAGCCUCCUUCAUCACCAGAGACCUGUCGUCAUGCGGGCCGGUGCACGGCGGGAAGAAGCGGAGCUCAGAGGUCGUCCGUGGUUAUGAGAAAGUUCCCAGGAAGAUGGCGAGGAUGGAGGAGAAGGAGGUGAUCCACCUGCUGCCAAUCAAAGACAAGACGGGCGUCAUCCCACAGAGUGUAGAGAGAGUUGUCAAAAAGCAGAAGGAAGAGGAGGAGGAGGAGGAGGAAGAAGCUGCUGCUGAGGAGCCACAGGAGGAGGAGAACGGGGGGGGGCUGGAGAGCAUUGCAGAUCUGACAGCUGAGCAGAGAGAGCAGCUCAGAGUUCAGAAGAUCACCCAGAAGAAGCUGCUCAUAGCCGGUCUAGGAUCAGCCAUCAUCUCAGACCCCGUCAGUAACAUGAAGCGGGUGAAGGAGCUGCGUGGGAUGCUGAUGGAGUCGGACCCCUCUGUGGCGGUGACCGUCAGGAAGCUGGUGAUGGUUUCUCUCAUGGAGAUCUUUAAAGACAUCGCUCCCACCUACAGGAUCCGUCCCCUGACCCCCGCAGAGAAGGCCGCCAAGGUGAAGAAAGAGACUCAGCAGCUCAGAGAGUUCGAGGAGGGUUUGGUCAGUCAGUACAAGUUCUACCUGGAGGACCUGGAGCAGACAGUCAGAGACUGGAAGCAGAGGAAGAAGAAGCGCAGUCAGGCGGUGGGUUUCCAGUCGUACCGCGGCCUGGCUGAAGUGGCCGUUCGUUGCCUGUGUGAGCUGCUGCUCGCUCUGCCGCACUUCAACUUCCACAACAACAUAAUCGUCAUCCUUGUCCCGCUGAUGAACGAUCCUGCCAAGAAGGUGUCGGACAUGUGUUGUGAUGCAUUCAGGAAGCUCUUCCAGCAGGACAAACAGGGCGGGGCUUCAUUGGCCACUGUGAGGGUCGUCUCCGGCCUCGUGAAGAGCCUCAACUACAACGUCAGACCUGAGGUGCUGAGGACCCUGCUCAGUCUGAGGAUUAAGGAAGUGGAGAUGAAGAAGGACAUCGAGGCGACGGCACCAAAGAAGAAGUUCAUGAACAACAAAGAGAAGAAAAAGAACCUGUCGAGGAUGCAGAGGAAGUGGAAGAAGGCGGAGGAAAAGCUGGAGAAGGAGCUGCUGGAGGCUGAAGCCUCAGAGAGCAAAGAGAAGAAGAUCAAGCUGCACACAGAGACUCUGAACAUCGUCUUCCUCAUCUACUUCAGGAUUUUGAAGAAAGCUAAGAAGUCUGUUCUUCUUCCUGCUGUACUGGAGGGACUGGCCAAUUUUGCUCAUCUGAUCAACCUGGAGUUCUUUGACGACCUGCUCAACGUGUUGCAGAACCUCAUCCAGUCAGGAGAUCUGACCAAUCGGGAGAGUCUCCACUGUAUCCAGACUGUCUUCACCAUCCUGUCAGGACAAGGUGACGUCCUGAACAUCGACCCUCUCACCUUUUACUCUCAGCUCUACAAGAUGCUGCGGCAGCUGCACGCAGGGGUGCCCAAUGAUGACAUCAUCAUUGUGCUGCGGUGCCUGGAUGCCAUGCUGACACGGCGCAGGAAGCAGGUGACCCUGCAGAGGGCAAUGGCAUUCGUGAAACGACUGAGCACGCUCAGUCUGCACGUACUGCCCAACGCCAGCGUGGGGAUUCUCGCUGCCAACAGAUCCACCAUGCAUUCAUUCCCUAAGUGUGACUUCCUGUUGGAUAACGAGGUUCAGGGCAGCGGCUUCUACCUGCCAGAGCUGGACGAACCUGAACACUGCAACGCUCAGAACACAGCUCUGUGGGAGCUACACACACUGCAGAGACAUUUCCACCCGGUGGUUCGGCAGUUUGCGUCUCACCUGUGUCAGGGAGCUCCCAGCGAGGGGGCAGGGUCACUUGGAGCGAAGCUGAGCCGCAGGUGUCCAGUGGAGCUGUUUGGUGAUUACAGCGUCAGAGACAUGACCUUUAACCCCCCGGUGGCUCCGCCCAGCACCAAGAAGAAGGAUAGAUUCUCAGGCGGAGCGACGCUGCUGGACCCCGAGCUGCAGAGACAAGUCCAGAGCGUCCUGACUGCUGCCGCCGAGGACGCUCAGCUGGACUUUACUGCUACACACACAGCGACCCAGCACUGACACACACAUACACACAAACAAAUCUUUUCUAACAAAUGUAAAAAACGUG